CUCUCGGUCAGAAGGCUGUACGUGGCAGUCCGGCUGCAGCUCUGUGCUGAUCCAGCCCGGCUAAACCAGUUCCCCAGUCCUAGUUCCCCCUGUUCCCGGUUCCCGGUCCCCGCUGGAGGAUGUCCCCGGGCCCGGAGCUCGCGCUGCUGCUGCUGCUGGCCGCGCUCGCCGCCUCGGCAUCCGGGUACUUUGUUAGUGUGGACGCGCACGCGGAGGAGUGUUUCUAUGAGCGCGUGAACUCCGGUACCAAGAUGGGCCUGAUGUUCGAGGUGGCGGAGGGAGGAUUCCUGGAUAUAGACGUGGAGAUAACUGGACCUGAUGGAAAGCAGAUAUAUAAAGGAGACCGUGAGUCCAGUGGGAAGUACUCUGUGGCGGCUCAUAUGGACGGAACCUACAAGUUCUGCUUCAGUAACAAGAUGUCCACCAUGACCCCCAAAAUCGUCAUGUUCACCAUCGACAUCGGAGAAGCUCCCAAAGGUCAAGACAUGGAGACGGAAGGCGGUGGUGACAGCUGGGAUGCUCAUCAGAACAAGCUGGAGGAGAUGAUUAAUGAACUGGCGGUGGCGAUGACUGCAGUGAAGCACGAGCAGGAGUACAUGGAGGUCCGAGAAAGAAUACACAGAGCAAUAAACGACAACACUAACAGCAGGGUGGUGCUCUGGUCGUUUUUUGAAGCUCUGGUUCUGGUUGCGAUGACGCUCGGACAGAUUUACUACCUGAAGAGAUUUUUCGAGGUGCGGAGAGUCGUGUAAACGAAACCUCCAGACCUCCGUCUGAUCCCUCUCUCUCUCUCUGCACUCGUCCUUGAACACAGCCGUCUACGACUCGGACGGAUCGGAUAUCCGGCCGCGUCCGAUCUCAGAAGAGCCUCAUCUUCACUCCUUCAGUUUCUUCUUUAUCUUUAUCUUAUUAUUUAGAUUCUUUAGUUUCUAUACGUUUGGUUUUGGUCACUUUUAGACAAAUCCUUUGUGUUUAAUCUUAAUUUAUUUUAAUCUCUGAUUCUUUUAUUGUUUUAUUCUGUUAGGCUUCUUUUUUUUUUUAAACUCACUGAAUGUGUUUACAUGCACUUAAACUGUGUCCAUAAUCAGAUUACUGCAGUUAUUACUUCAAAUAAUACUGAUUAUUCAAGUUAUUGAUCACAUGAAAAGUGCAGUUCAAUAGAUUUCUUAGGUGAGAUUA